CCAUUAUUUCCCCACAGUGACCCGAACACAAACGCACAAAAAUGAAGCAACUUGGUGGAUAUGCAUAAAAAGGGAUCAUAUGAAAGAGGAGCAGUGUCAACGGGGCCUCAUAGGUAAACACUGGGAUUUGUCUUGAAAUUCGCUAGUAUUUUUUAUUUACACAAAGUUGUUUCAACUUUAAGUUAUUGGUUCUAAAACACUUCUCAACUUCGCCCAUCCCGCGUGAAAUUACAGUCCCUUUUCACGAGUGUCUGAGAAAUUACAAAAAGUUUUUCAUACGAUUUAGAGUCAAUAUAUGAAGAAUGAAUGAAUGAUUUGUCUUAAAAGUUGAAUUGAUCUGUCUGUAUCAAAAAAUCAGGUGGAUUGAAAUUUGGUGUGAAUAUAAACUACAGUUUGUUGAAGAAGUGUGAAAAUUGGCAUCUUGACCCCUUUUAUAUUGAAUGGGGAAAGAAUGCUGUCUGUGUACAGUAAAGUCGAACUGACCCUUGCUAGAGCAGUCAGAGGGCUGGCUGGUUGCCCAGGUCAUUGAAUUUCUGUACUGGGGCUAGCGAAUGAACCACUGCAUCACAGCCCGAAGAGGGUUCUGGGCUUUCAUGGCCACACAGAAGGCGCUACGCUGCGCAGUGGUAAUGUGUUUUGGCGGCCAUUUUGAACCAUGCUGGUGAGAUGUCAGUGAUCAACGUUGUAACCAUCAUAAAAAACUGUUCAUUGAAGGUUGUACAGGCCCUCAAGCAAAAAAUUUGAUACCGUACACAAUUAUCACAAGUUAGCACCAUGGGGUCGACCGCAAACAGUGUUUUGGGAGGUCAACUGGCCGACUGGCAACUCUGGCUGGAAACUGACCGUUAUUUAAUCGACGGUGAAGUUGCAGGAGCGUAAAAGGUGCAAGACGCAUCCAAGUCAAGAUGGGGAACAGUUUUGCAUUGAUCUUUCUUAUUCUUGGCUGGUUAACUCUGUCCAACGCUGGGAUCUGUUGGCGACGCAAAAAUUCUGAUGGCAAAUGCUCAGGGUUUCGUGGCUUUUACUCAAGUCAAAAAUCCUGCUGUGAAGCUGGUGGGUUGGCCUAUGGCGGACGAGGCACCAUCAAGUCAAUUUUAUUCGAAUUAUUUAUUGAUCCACCUCCCUGCGUUGUCUGUAAUAAUUCGUGCUCAAAAUUAACGUGUGAGGAGGGUAUGGCUUGUAGAUUGUCUGCAGACGGUUUGCCACUCUGCUAUUGCCAAACAGACUGCUCAACGUACAAGCAUGGCCCUGUUUGUGGUUCUGAUGGUCGUACCUACAAAUCGGAAUGUUACAUGAGAAAACGUUCUUGCGGGCAACAUCGGCUAGAUGUCGAAUAUCGUGGCACCUGUAAAAAGAACUGCGUCGGUGUCACGUGCUUAGAGCGUCAGGUUUGUGUAGCAGAUAGGAGCGGCAAUUCGUACUGCAUCAAUACACAUUGUCCAUCGGCUUGUCCUUCAACUGUCAGUAGAGUUUGUGGUACAGAUGGAAAAACAUAUCUGAACAAAUGUGCCUUAAAGAAAGCAAGCUGUGUUGGUGGAAGAAAAAUCGACUUUGCCUAUUUAGGAACAUGUGAAGUGAAAAAUUCAUGUCGAGAUGUGCAGUGUCCGAAGAAGACAAAAUGUAUGUUGGAUGUGAAUCUUCAACCACGAUGUGACUUUUGUGAUUGUACUGAAAGUGAACGUGGCCUACCGGUGUGCGGGUCUGAUGGCAAAAAGUACAAAUCGUGGUGUCACAUGCGAAAGCAUUCAUGCUCCAUUGGAAAGAUAAUAAGAGUGGACCCAAGACUCAAAUGCCAGUGAAAGCUUUGUUACAAAAUGAAAACGACAGCAUGCUUGCUUCGAUAAAAUUGCCAGGUUUUUUAUGUACAAAUAUUCAGUCCGCCUGUACUAUACGAUUCCCUACGCUUUAUUGCCUGUAGUUUUUCGUUCAGCUUUGUAAAUCCAAAACAGAUAUAUGAACUUGCUCUUUCACUUACUUCAAGAUGCAACGACGUUUGCACCGAUAAUGAUUAGGAGCAAACGCCUCCUAGCAAUCCUUUAUGGCAUGUCAUAUCACAAUUUGACAUGGGCGUUUGCUUUGUACGAGCAGUGAUGGCAAAAGUUGACAUGGAGAGCAGUAGCGGUGUGGGCCACUAGGCUGUAGGGGAAGACACAAUGAAAACGUUAAGGGCGCGCCUUUUCUACAGUAAGAAAAAAGCUUCCCACUAACAUGGAACGCCUUUGCUUACCUUUUAAAACGUAAAAGCAAUUUCAAAAUCAUAGCAUCGUUUCACGAAGAAUACGUUGCCAAAAUAUCAUGCCUCUUCCAACAUUUCCUCAUCGAUUUUAGACGAAUUGCAAAAUCGACACUGUCGAAAACUAGGAUGGAAGUGUUCCUCCUCAGUCCCCUCGUGCCACCGCGAUUGCUGGGAAAGUGGGAAGCAAUCUUAUUACUGAAUCCAGCUUGUAAAAUGGAACGGUAUGGGUAGAAAGAGGGACAUGGGUAGAAAAGCAGUUAAGAGUAGUAUGCAUAUUGUGUUCUGUAAGCAGGGGCGUACCUUGAAGAUUUGGAGUAGGGGGUGUAAACGGGUGAAUUUACCGACCAAAAUUCAACUGUUGCUAAUCAAUGUAUACACGCCAAUAUACUAUAAAAAGUCAAGUUGCGCAUCCACAUUUACCGACCAACUUUCCAAAAGUGUACCACUCCCUCCCCCCCCUCCCACACCCUUUGGUAGGUACGCCCCUGUCUGUAAGUAAGAGGGGAAUAAGUUUAUUGUUGAAGCAUCUGUGUUGCUGUAAAGUGAGGCAGUAGCGAAACAGAGGCUCGUGGAGUAAGUGUUAUGGAUGCCUUGGAUGAUCCACGUGUUCGUGAAACAAAGUAAAUCAAUUUGCAUUAAACAAAUCGCAAUUACCCAUUAUGAGUAUACCUACCUGUAAAAUUGUAUUACCAUAAAUAUUUUUCACAUGAGAUCAUCAAAAUAAGCCAGAACCAUGCUAGCAAAACCUGGGGGUAUUGAAGAUUUCCACUAUUCAUAAUCAAGGUACAGACCAGUGUCCUCUGAUUUCUCUUGAAAUUUUCGUAAAUAAAGCUUAGUUUUUGGUAACUAUUUUGGUAAAAGUUUCGUUUUGAAGCUUUGGCUAGAUUUUCCGGUAUUUUACACAUUUUCUCGCGUCAAAUAUUCCAAUUUCUACAUAUGUAGAUACUUCGACAUUUACUUGCAUUUUUGCUUGUUGCUUCGAAACGAUAAUAAACAACAGUUUUUUCUAGACAUUCCUUAGUUGUCUAGGUUGUUAGCCUUCAUUAUUUGUAAGUCUUGUCCAAUGUAACGUGCUUUAGAUGUUCCAGACAAAAGAGAUCUAAAGUAUGACGUCAGCAAAAGCCUUUUAGAACUUUUGAAUUUUAACCACAUAACAUAAACGAACACCAUGAAAUACUUCAAAUUGUGGAAAUUUAUUCUAAUAUGCCUAAAAUCGAGAUAUUGCCAAUGAAAGAUGUGAAGUUUGCCAACGAAUUCUAAUAAUAGAUUUUUGUGACGUCAUCAUCUUUGAACUCUAUUAACUUUGAAAUUUUAAUUUCGACGUUUACGCUACGUGUGUUGAACCCAUGUGGAAUAACAGUGCCUGUAUUUUCCUUAACUAAUGUUAUGCAUGCUCCCCGAUGCUCGCCACUGUCAAUUAAAGUAAAGAUUUGGCUGUCAUAAAGCUAUGAACAGAGACGAAAUUACAGAGGUUUGAUGGAGAAAAAGCCAGUGCACAUGUGGCCAUACCGUAUUUUCUUGAAUGGAUGCCGCCCCUGAAUAGAAGACGCCUUUGAUUAGAAGCCGCACGAAUUUCGUAAAAACCAAAAUAGAAGCCGCCCUUGAAUAGAAGCCGCAUUUUUUCCUACUGAAGUUAACAGAAUAAUAGAAUAAUUGAGGACGUGUAUUUUCUUCAUCAUAUCAUUACGAUUUCCACUUCACUUUGCUCUAAAAUUUCAUCAGUUAAAUCCUCUAAAUUAUGAAUAUUAUAAAUAUCCGUUUCUUCUCGAAAGUUGUUUUCUAAUGUUGGCCUUGGUACAAAUUCGAUGCUUGGAUUCGAUUCACCAAAGAGUACCCUGGCUUCCUCUCAACCAAUUCAAAAUACAUUUGACUAAUUUUGCAUAUUUAGAGGUAUUUAAUGAUGCUCUUUCAGGUUAUGGGAUUCGAUUCAAAAAUUGUAAAAAAGGGUUUUUGUGACGUCAUCACUUUUGAACUUUAUUGUCGCAUUAUUAUUAUUAUUAGCUAUCAUAUUAUUGCGCUCUCAAUAGAGGCAAUUUAGAAGGGGGUAAGUGCCCCUCUUGUAUCAUUAUUUUUGGAAAUUUUAUGUUUUUGAGAAAGACUACGGAUGAAGUGAUUUUUUUCAUAAUCUUGUAUCAACAGUUGUUUUGAAAUAGACUCGUUUUAGGGGUGUGUCGAAGUAUUGGUUGUUGGAAUGUUACUCCCAUUUUUUGAUGAACAAUUUUUGAACUAAUCAUUGCCAGUGAUGUCACUUUUUAAAAGCUUCAGACAAGUGUAAAUAGAGAAAUGGGCUGUUGCUUUUGGAAACAGUCGGUGGAUACUGGUUUUCAAACGAUAUCUUCUUCUCCGAUCAUUUUAAAUCUGUUUUAAUCCUAAACUAAUCACCUGCUCACCUGCUCUCCAAUCACCUGCUCUUGUCACGUCUCUCAAUCUUCCCUUGGCAUCUUCAACAUCAAAUUAUCUCAAAAUCAGGUCUGAGGAGAUGCCAUCGCUCAACACCUGCGAGUCCUAGGUGGUCACACCCUUGUAAAGAAUUGUGGCAACACUGAUUUUUAGAAUGUGAAUUCUGGAAAUGGAAAUAUUGCGAUGAAUCUGUCUGAGUUGAUCUAUUCAGUCAUCGCAUCGUUGUUGUUUUCUUGCGCUGGUUUCGUUCGUUUAAACAAUCGCGUUUGCUUACAAUCAGUUACACUUUAAUUAUGGACACUAAAACAAAAUAUAACAAUAAGAAACUGUAGAAACUGUAGCACAGAGGAGCUACAAGAAAUCGCAGGGGGACGAAUUUAGGGCACGGCCUUCAUAGGGGAUGCGACGCUUUUCCUGAAAGACUGCGGUGACAGUGAAAAUAUUUGAAGAGAAAAUAAAGUGAGAAGGCAGUGAUUGUCUUUCGUUUUUUCGGAUCGAAAUGUCGCGAAACUGUGCAGCCUUCAGCGCGAACUUCUACCCAGUCCUUUUUCGAUCUGCGCGUGAAAAUGUUGGGUGAAAUGUUGGAUGAAAUGUUGGAUCGUUUGACCACCAUCGUUGGGUCACAUUUCACCAUAAAAGAAAAAUUUUGGGCGAAAUAUGGUUGAAAUGUUGGGUCGUUUGUCGCUUGAUCCGUUUCAGUUUUGCUACGGAACAAAAAGUGAUCCGUAGCAUUCUAAACGGGAUCUUAUGUAGGAUCAUAGUUUGCCCGUGGCCUCUUGGCGGCAUCAAUAGUAGCCAUCAAAGGAAGAGAAACUGUCUGAAAAUUUCCGUUUAUUGGCCUAAGCGGAUCACGCAUUGACAAAA